AUGCGAGAUAUCUGUGCGAGUCAGCAGAACUUACGUCGGAAAUCCGAUCUAGAUCCACAUCCUGCCGCGGAGGCCGCCUGGGUGCCCCAGCCGGUUGAAGAGGGACGUAGGGUUCUGGAGUGCCCCUCUGGGCGCCCCGACCGCGUCCGCUGCCAAUGGGGC